AUGAAAUGGCUUGAACUGGAGCGUGAAGGCUGUAUUGCCGGCGUGGAAAAUCUGCUUGCCAGUGAGGACUGUUGGAAGAAUCGCUAUCAAAACCUCUCCGAUGUUGAUGUGCAGCGGGUCCCAGAGUGCACUGAUCAGUUUCUUCUGAUGAUCGAAGCAAUCACCGAACGCUAUCGUCUCAUUGAGAGCUUAGACGUGCAAUCGCAAUUUUUGAAUGUGCAGAUCUUUCUAUUAGAUGAUUUUCGAUUGCGCCUUGCACAGAUCUCGCAACAGCUGUCAUCUCCGUGGGAAGAACCAUUCAUUCAAAUUCUAAACUGUGCCUGGUAUAUUGCAUAUGUGCUAGACGAAUGGAAUGAAGUGGACAUAUUCAUACGUAUUCAGGCAUGCGGCAAACGAGCACAUUUUCGCGGGGUUUUUGAUGAUGUAGCCGAUAUGUACAGGCACAUAUGGCAACAGAGAGCCAGAGAUCUUACUGUUGCUUUUUAUCAACAUAUUCGCGCACGGAUUCGUCGUUACGAACGCGAAAAUUGGUUUUCGUGGGAUUCAUGUGAAUCUUUGGAUUUGACUGCAUCGUUUUGCCCCUUCCUUUUGGAGGUGCGUCGUUUACUGAACUAUGUGAAUUCUGUUAUAUCGCCCGUCUCAGCUGCAAAAAUCUACGAGUUGCUGAAUGAAAAAGUGGCCGAUGUAUUGUUGAAAACAAUCACAAAUAUCUCAAUAAAGUUGGUUUUCAUCGUUUCAUGUAUUGGAGAUACUCGAAAAAUCUCGGAAACAUUUCAGCCGUAUUCUUCUCAUUCUAAUGAUUGUUUUUAUGUUAUUCAAGUCAAGAAGCGUGCAGUUAGAUAAAU